AUGGAGACGUCCUGGUGUGGUCCUGUAGCAAUUAGAGCUCAGACCCAAUUACCCUCUCGUCCUCCAGUGGGUGGAGCCAUGGGUGUGGACCGGAGGCGGGACGUCCCGGUGUAUGACCUGUCUGUCAUCAGGGGGCUGUGGGAGGGGCGAGCGAGCAAACAGAGAGUGAGGGAGAAGAGAGAGAGGGAGCGGAGAGAGAAGAGCGCCCUCGCCAGGAUCGAGCAGCAGUGGCAGUACAGGAUCUACUGCAAAACUCUGAAGAGAGACGAAAGGAACGCAUUGCAACGGUAUCUGGAGAGGUCCCCCAACCACCAACCUGGCAACAACCAACCUGGCAACCACACAGACAUAGGUGCGGACGGUCAGAGUGGCCUCCAGACCGAGCCGGAUCCAGAGAACCUGGUCUUCAGGCUGGAGGGGGACAAGUGGAUGUCUUUCCCAAAGGAGCUGCAGUGGAUGACGUACCUGAAGGAGUGGCACGUGUCUCACACUCGGAUCCAGAGACUUCCAGAGUUCUUUGACCAGUUCUCCAAGCUCUCGGUCCUGAACUUGGCCAAAAACCAGAUCUGUGAAGUCCCAGCCGACAUUGGAAAGCUGCGGUCCCUGAAGCAGCUGGACCUGAGUUACAAUCGUCUGAUGAAGGUUCCUGUGGAGCUGGGAGACUGUGAGGAGCUGGAGAGGCUGGAGCUUGCAGGGAACCAUCUGUGUGAGCUGCCCUUCGAGCUGAGUUCCCUGAAGCAGCUCCACCUGCUGGACGUGUCGGAGAACAGCAUCCCGUCAGUGCCUGUGUGCGUGCUGAGGAUGGAGUCACUGAACACUCUGGACCUGAGCAACAACCGCCUCCGAGAGCUGCCCCAGGACAUGGACCGCCUGGAGAACCUGGUCACUCUCUUCCUCCACAAGAACCCCAUGUCCUACCUGCCCCACUGUCUGACCAACAUCAGCGGCCUGAAGAUGGUCAUUGUGAGCGGAGACGAGCUCAACUGCAUCCCCACCCGCAUCUGCAGCAACCCCGACAUCAAGUUCAUCCGACUGUACGAUUCGCCGACACAGCAGCAGAAGCAGAAGGAGGAGGAGGCGCAGAGGAAGAGGAGGUGGAAAGGAGCAGAGGAGCAGAGAGACAGCUCGGAGAAGGAGUUCUUACAGGCUUAUGUCAGCACUCUCACACACAGAGAAUCGGUCCCGUAUUCCACCACUAAGAUCUCCAUCUCCUGUCAGCUAUGA